CAAAAGAAGUAAUCUAAUCAGUUGAGCUUUUGGCUCAGAGAAAGCAACAGGUGUGAUAACUAAAAGAAAUUUUUAAACGAUGGCAAACAGCAGCUCCAGCUUGGACAUUAGUCCGAAGACACUCAUCGGAGUGGGCGUUGGCUUGGCAGUGGUGGGAGGGGCGAGCUUUUUUCUCUACCGCCGCUAUUUACAAUACAGAGAUGCUAUGCCACAGAAGUGGAGACGCGUGGGAACGCUGCAGCGGAUCAACUUAUUUCCGGUCAAAUCCUGUGCUCCACUCAACUUGACACCAGACCUCGAGUACGAUUGCGAUGUGCUUGGAUUGUCAUUCGAGGGAAUACGGGACCGCACGCUAAUGGUGCUCGACGAAAGCAACACGAUGGUGACGGCACGGGGCUAUCCUCAAAUGCUAUUGAUAAAGUCUCGGAAAGUCUCGGCCAAUGGCCUCAUAUUCAGCGCCCCGGGAAUGCCCGAUUUGGAAUUUGAUUUCGAAAACUUGCAGAGUCCUGGCCAGGAUUUGCAUACAUCCGUUUGGGGUGCACCGGUGGAUGCUAUGAUUUGCGGCGACCGGUUUAACAAGUGGUUCUCUCAGUUCAUCUUGAAGACGGAGACCGGACUGAAGCUGGUUCAUUACCCUUACCCGAAGGCCGUGAAGAUCAUCAAUCCCCGAUUGAAGCACAUGCCCUACAUAAGGCAAGUGGAUUCGGGCACCUUCAACGAUGCGACAAGCUAUAUGCUCAUGAAUCUGUCAUCGGUGGCCGAUCUAAACACUCGAAUUAAGAAUCCCGUAGAUCCGCUACAAUUUCGGGGUAACUUCGAAUUGAAAGCUGAUGUAGACGAGCCCUAUGCGGAGGAUCAUUGGCAAUGGGUUCGCAUUGGUGAGGAGGCAGUUUUCCGUUCAGUGGCUCCUUGCACGCGUUGUAUUCUACCGAAUAUUAAUGUCAACACAGCGGAGCGGGACAUCGACGGCGAACCGUUGAAGACUUUGAGAAGCUUUCGUCUGUUCAACUACAGCUCCCCAGCACUGGGCAUACAUUUGGGUCUCCGACAGCCAGGCAAAGUUAAAGCCAAUGAUGUUGUGUAUGUUGAGGACAAGAAAAUCAGUCUUUGAACAUUUCUUCUGCUUAUCGUAUAAUUAUUCAUGUGUACACUCAUGUUUAUUAAAUAGAACAUAUGUAGAUAAUGAAAGUAA